AUGCCAAACCCGAUCAAGGACAUCCGGGUGGUUGAUGAGACAAGCUUCCCAUACAUUUUUGAGAAGGAUGUAACAAUCAAUCUGCCAAUUAACCAAGGUCUUAUUCGGUGCAAUAUUUACCGCCCGAAGACAGACGCCCCAGUUCCAGUACUUGUGACCUACGGACCGUACGGAAAGGAUAUUCACUAUGGAGAUUUUCAUGCAAAGUCGUACUCUGAAGUGAACCCAGAGCACAAGUCUGCACAUUCGGCAUGGGAGACACCCGAUCCUGGCUUUUGGACCAACCAUGGCUACGCCGUAGUUCGUGCAGAUGAGCGCGGGUUGGGCCAAUCACCAGGUCUCCUUGAUACCAUGUCCCGUGGCACCAGCGAGGCAUUCUUCAAUGUUGUUGAAUGGGCUGCUGAGCAAAAGUGGUCUAGUGGAAAGGUUGGCCUGCUGGGAAUCAGUUACUAUGCUGGUAGCCAAUGGAGGGUCGCUGCCCGGAAACCCAAAGGGCUGGCUGCCAUAAUCCCAUGGGAAGGCAUGUCCGACUACUACAGAGACAGAUGUAGGCAUGGAGGCAUCCAUUCCAACGGGUUUAUUAAAUUUUGGUGGAACCGGCAGGUCAUUACCAACCAGUACGGGCGGCCUGGCAGGAAUGCGAGUAACUGGGGCCCUGACACGAUCGAGGGGGAUCUUCCAGAGGACGAGCUCUUGGCCAACAGAAAUGACCAAACCGUCGAUAACCAAGUGCAUCGAUUUCGGGAUGAAGCAUACUACGCAUCGAAAGAGUAUUACAUGGGAGACGUCGAAGUUCCUCUACUGUCAGUAGGAAACUGGGGUGGAAUUCUGCUUCACCUACGGGGCAACAUCGAGGGCUUCACACAGGCAGGCUCCAAGUUCAAAUACUUGAGAUUGAUCACAGGGCGUCACGACCUUCCAUUCUACUACUCUGAGGAAGUAGAAGUACAGCGUAGCUUCCUUGACGCUUUUCUAAAGGGCGAUGACCGAGUUGGUUGGUCACAAGAGGGCAAGGUGCCCCAAGUCAGUCUCGUCCUUCGGAAAGGCGAUGUCGGCUUCAACGAUGCCGAGAAGGAGAAGGCUUAUCCGAGGCGAGAAGAGAGUGAAUGGCCCAUUGGACGUACGCAGUACACAAAAUUCUUUCUCACACCUGACCAAGGCCUGUCAACAGAACCCCCAACCGCCGUUGGCGCAUUGGGUUACAAGGCGCUCGGCACUAUAAAGGAACCACAGCUUAUUCAAUUCACCACUGAUCCAUUCAAAGUGGAAACUGAGAUCACAGGACAUAUAAUAGCGCAUCUCAAUGUUUCUGUAAUGCCAGACCCGGACGGCCCAACUCCGAGUGACAUUGAUCUCUUCGUCACUCUCCGACACAUCUCCCCUGAAGGAAAGGAGGUAUUCUAUACUGGAACAGCUGGCGACCCAGUUCCGCUGACAAAAGGUUGGCUGAGAGUCUCACUCAGAAAAGUGAACAAAGAGCAUCCCAAGCACCGGGACUGGCUUCCACACCGCGACUACACGAGUGCAGAUGUCUUGCCUGUCAUCCAGGGAGAGGUUUAUGCGGUAGAUGUCGAGAUUUGGCCCACGAAUGUGGUUGUUGAAAAGGGUGGCAAGCUUGUUUUCGAGGUUUCUUCAGGUGACACCCAGGGGUCCGGAAUUUUCAUCCAUGAUGAUCCUAUUGAUCGGUCCCCAGAGAAAUUUCAAGGAACAAACCGUAUCCAUUUCAGUCCUCAAUUUGAGAACUUUGUGACGCUGCCUAUUAUCCCACCUAAAUACAUAUAG